GGAUUUUCUUGCCUGUCAUUCAAUUUGUGGUUGGCUUCACCUGAGUGCUGUAGUAAAUCAGGCUAUUUUAAUUUUGACAUCUCUUCGAAAAUGGAUGCGGGAAAUUGUGCCUCGUCGGCCUGCCUUGGAGAUUGCAAAGGCGACGGAAAGACGGCCAUUAAGGAAGAAGGCUACGAGCAUUUGCGCAAGAUCUUCAUUGGCGGCCUAUCCACUCAGACGACCGUGGAAACGCUGCGCGGAUUCUUUAGUCAGUUCGGUAUCGUGGCCGAUGCGGUGGUCUUGCGGGAUCCGGUGAGCAACCAUUCUAGGGGCUUUGGCUUCGUCACCUAUGUGGAUCCCAAGUCCGUGGAAAUUGUCCAAAGGGCACGUCCCCACACCAUUGAUAAUAAAAUUGUGGAGACCAAGCACGCACUGCCACGUCAAGAUUUCAAAAGGGGUGGCGGCGUUGGUUCCGUUGUCGGAAGUUUUGGCUGUGAAGCCGGUUUCAUGAACUCGAAAAGGAUCUUUCUGGGCGGCUUGAAGGAAUACCACGAUGAGAAUAUCGUACGCGAAUACUUUUCGCAGUUUGGCCCUGUGGCCAGCGUGAAAUUGCUCAUGGACAGGGAGACCGGACGUCAGCGGGCAUUUGGCUUCCUCGAGUUCGUGGAUCCAUCCAGUGCCGAGAAGGCAUUGGCACCGCGCAAGCACUGGAUUCUUCAGACAUUGGUGGAGGUGAAGAGAUCCACCCAGAAGGCCGACAGGCGUUUUCGGUUCCCCAUAUUUAGCUCGGUUCGAGCCGGCUACAUUCCGCCCCAGCCGGCCACUGCUGAUAGCUACAAUUACAACAAUCCCAACUACAAUCCCUAUCUGGCCCAAUCCGUCCUGCCGCCAUCGGCAUUCACUAACGGCUGGGCCCACUAUGUAAUUCCGAUGGCACCCAAGCCAACACCCGGACAGAACAUGGCUGCUUCGUUGCCGUCACAGCAGCUGGCAGAGCACUCGCUCAACGGACACGGUCCGGACAUGUGGUCCUCCUAUCCGAAGACCGGUAUCUACUCGGCCCAGGAGUGGACUUCCAGCAAAGUGGCCGAAUGGGGACCGAAGGCCGGGCACAAACAUGCCCAGACAUCGACCAACGAUCGUGCCAAAAUCGAUUUGAAAGAACUCCAGGCAGCUACUUUCAAUAACAAGCUGGAUUUCGGCGCCCGUGGCGACGCGGAUCGCAUGUCGGGAGCUGGCUUGGGAUUGGGUUUGACUGGCGGUGCCGCCGUGGGAGUUGGAGCUAUUAAGAAGUGGCCCACCCAGGACUAUAAGGUCUUCAAGCCAGCUAAAUCUCCGACCAACGGAGUGAUUCCGAAGAUCGGCAAAGAGGCUACAACACCACCCUACGGUAUCUAAGUGGCGGACGAUGGAACGCAGUUAAACCCAAUUUACUGCCACAGUUUAAUGCUAUUACUACAAUAAUUUGCAGGCGAUUCCGUUCAAGAUAUUUAAUAAAUAAUAAAGCAUACGGGUCCUUUUGAGACUUAAAAUCGU